CUGUUAUCCAGCCUGGUGCCCCGGUGCCCGCUGUUCAGCCGGAUGCCCGGAUGCCUGAUGACCCACCAGAUGACUCGGUGCCCUCUGUCGAGCCAGAUGACUCAGUGCCCGCUGUCGAGCUUGGUGACUCAGUGCCCGCUGUCAAGCCAGAUGACUCGGUGCCCGCUGUCAAGCCAGAUGACUCGGUGCCCGCUGUCGAGCCAGAUGACUCGGUGCCUGCUGUCGAGCUUGGUGACUCGGUGCCCGCUGUCGUGCCAGACGACUCUGUGCCUGCUGCCCAGUCUGACGUGCCUCUGUCCGCUGCCCAGUCUGACGUGCCUCUGUCCGCUGCCCAGCCUGACGUGCCUCUGUCCGCUGCCCAGCCUGACGUGCCUCUGUCCGCUGCCCAGCCUGACG